AGGAAUAGACAACUCCUUUAUUUCUAAGAAUAGGAAAUUAAACUCCACACUCCUCUUUUAUGCUCACUACUCUCCAACACCAAUGGAACAUCAAACAUUAACUCAUCUCUCUCUAUCCUUCUCUUUUCUUCUUCUUUUUAGUUUUUCAUUAGCAUCCGCUUACAAGAAUUACACAGUUGGGGACUCCUUGGGUUGGUAUGAUAUCACUGAAAAUCCUAACAUCAAUUACCAAAAAUGGGCUGAUCCUAAGAACUUCAGUCUGGGUGAUUUCCUCAUUUUCAACACCAAUAAUAAUCAUUCAGUAGUUCAAACAUACAAUGUCACAACCUACAAAUUAUGUGAUUAUGACAAUGCCCUAGACAAUGACACAGUACAAUGGUCAACUACUGAUCCAUCAAACACUGAUACAUUUGGAGUUACAGUCCCGGUUCCUCUAUUAAAAGAAGGUCUUACAUUUUUUUUCUCUGGAGAUUAUGAUGGUGAUCAAUGCAAAAAUGGUAUGCAUUUUAAAAUUAAUGUUACUCAUGGUAAAGGAUUGCCGGAAAGUCUAAAAGAUCCGGCCGAUCAGGCGCCUGCACCGAAUAGUCCUGAUAUAUCCGGAGAUGAUACGGUACCGGAUACUAUUGUACCAGCCAAUUUCGAUCAUCCGAAACAGGUAAGCGAUGAGGAUGACAUGCAGGAUUCGGGAUCUAUUUUAUUAUAUUCAAAUUUCUUGGGGAGGAAAUUGAACGGGAUUUUGAUUUUAGUUUGGGUUAUAUGCUUGUUUCAAUGAGGUAAAUAAUAUCCUGGAUAUAGUAUGUUCAAUUCAUUUAUUUAUUUGUUUUUGUGAUAUUAUAUAUAGAGAACUCCUUGUAUUCAAUAUAAAUAUAAAUUACACUAAUAAAAUUAAGAUUUAAUACAUUA